AACUCUGUCUCGGAGCAGUAUUCCUCUACCUCUACACUGUUUUUCAUCUGCUCUUGCUAACAUGGCGAACUCAGCGUACGAGUACGUGCGGAACUUUGAGCAAAACGACAGCCUCUUGCCUGCAACCUGGCUGGUAGUGCGGAUCGACGGGCAGGGGUUCACCAAGUUCACGGCGAAGCAUGGGUUCACCAAACCGAACGACAUCCGUGCCCUGCGCUUAAUGAACCGGUGCGCCAAGGAGGUCAUGGAGUGCAUGACGGAGAUUGUGAUUUCGUAUGGACAGAGCGACGAGUACAGCUUUGUGUUUUCCAAGGACGCCAAGGCAUACGACCGGCGAGCAAGCAAGCUGAACACACUGCUUGUGAGCAGAUUCACAUCGGCGUAUGUGUUUUACUGGAGCGAGUUCUUUCCGGACACGAAGCUGCAGUUUCCGCCGGCGUUUGACUCGCGGGUGGUGCAGUACCCGUCGGACCGCAUCAUGCGCGACUACCUGUGCUGGCGGCAAGUAGACUGCCACAUCAACAACAUGUACAACACGUGCUUCUGGACGCUGGUCAAGGGCGGGAUGUCGAACAAGGACGCCAUGAACCGACUGGAGGUAAGAUGUCAGAAGGGAAGCUGCCCACGUUUUUGGCCCGGUGACAUUGCGAUUUGCGCAACCACAGCCGCUGGCCCCUUUGUACCCAGCAACUAGCAUGUACCGUCUGUCGUCAUUAGGGCACGUUUUCGAAAGACAAGAACGAGCUGCUGUUCAGUGAGU